UCCCCCACAGUGGCGGCUCUCUGGCCCCUCACCACUGCGAGCUGUGACUGUCGUUUGAAUGAAAGUAAACUGAACAUUUACAACCCAAAACAUAAAAAAGAAGGAUGGCUUCCGCCUUGGAGCAGUUUGUUAACAAUGUUCGGCAGCUCUCCGCUCAAGGUCAGAUGACACAACUCUGUGAGCUGAUUAACAAAAGUGGGGAGCUGCUGGCAAAGAACCUGUCCCAUCUAGACACAGUGCUAGGGGCUUUGGACAUACAGGAGCACUCACUCGGGGUUCUUGCAGUCCUGUUUGUAAAGUUUUCCAUGCCAAACAUCCCCGACUUUGAAACAUUAUUCUCACAGGUUCAGCUCUUCAUAAGCACUUGUAAUGGAGAACAUGUCAGAUAUGCAACAGACACAUUUGCUGGCCUUUGCCAUCAGUUGACAAAUUCUCUUGUAGAACGGAAACAGCCACUAAGGGGUGUCGGCAUUCUGCAGCAAGCCAUUGAUAAAAUGCAGAUGAAUACAAACCAGCUUACCUCAAUUCAUGCAGACCUCUGUCAACUGUGCUUGUUGGCAAAGUGCUUCAAACCUGUCCUUCAAUACCUUGAGCUGGAUAUGAUGGAUAUUUGUAAAGAAAAUGGCGCGUUCGAUGCAAAGCACUUUUUGUGUUAUUACUAUUACGGUGGCAUGAUCUACACAGGACUAAAAAACUUUGAAAGGGCUCUCUAUUUCUAUGAACAGGCUAUAACCACUCCAGCAAUGGCGGUCAGUCACAUUAUGUUGGAGGCGUAUAAAAAGUAUAUUUUGGUCUCCCUGAUUCUUCAUGGCAAAGUUCAGCAGCUUCCCAAGUACACAUCACAGAUAGUGGGAAGGUUCAUUAAGCCUCUUAGCAUUGCCUACCAUGAACUUGCACAAGUGUAUUCAACAAAUAACCCAGCAGAACUUCGAAACCUGGUAAAUAAACACAAUGAAACAUUUACGAGAGAUAACAACAUGGGACUCGUCAAACAGUGCUUGUCAUCUCUCUACAAAAAGAACAUUCAGAGACUAACGAAGACCUUUUUGACAUUGUCCUUACAAGAUAUGGCGAGUAGAGUUCAGUUAUCUGGGUCCCAGGAGGCUGAGAAGUAUGUGCUUCACAUGAUUGAAGAUGGUGAGAUUUAUGCUAGUAUUAACCAGAAAGAUGGGAUGGUCAGUUUUCAUGAUAACCCAGAGAAAUACAAUAAUCCUGCCAUGCUCCACAACACUGAUCAAGAGAUGCUGAAGUGUAUAGAAUUGGAUGAGAAACUAAAAUCCAUGGAUCAGGAGAUCACAGUAAACCCACAGUUUGUACAGAAAAGUAUGGGAUCCCAGGAUGAUGAUGUAGGAAGCAAGACAUCAAGUUAUUCAUGAAGCCCUCUGCAAUACGCAGCACUGGGAAUGACCACAAAGAAGUUCCCUUGAGAAUACUGCUUAGAAGGGUGGGAACAGUGUGCCAGGACAUCAUUAAAUAAAUUAGAAACAUUUUCAAGAAGUCGUUUAUGCUCUCAAACACAAAACAAUCUGGUAUGAAAAAGUUUGUCAGUGUUUUAUUUAUCAUUCAGAUGCAAGCAUGAGUUGCUGCAUUAACAAAAAAAAGUGAAAUAAAUAAAAACUGCUUUUUGUUCAAAUAAAGCUCUCCUUAUUUUAAA